AUGAGCUCCGAGGAAAAGCCCAAAGGUUACAACUGGUACACGAUUACCGAGGAGGAAUUGAACAAGUUUGCACCUCCGUUUUUACGCGAUGUCCCUGAAACUCCGAAGGAGGUUGAGUGUAAGCUCGGCGGGACAUGGCCUACUUGGGUCCAUGGCUCCUUUCUGAGGAUCGGUGUUGGUCGCUUUACUAUUCCGCUUUCCGAAGAUGGUUCAAAGCCCAGGGCUGUAGUUCAGCAUUUGUUCGACGGUUUGGGAUUGUUGCAUAAAUUCCGAAUGACCCAAGGUCGUGUUUUUUACAUGAGUCGUUAUACACAUGAGGGCGUCGUUAGGCGAGCCUACGAAGACGGCUACCUUUUGACUACGAGAAUGGGUCUCAAUGCAAACACCCCUCUAAAAGACGCUCAAGAUCCUUGUUCGACCUUGCUAGGAGCUCAGCAAUCUCUCUACGUACCCAUGGGUUAUGCGGAACCUGAUUCUGUUAACAUGAAUGUGCAGCCACGCCGUGGUAUGCACCUUCCCAACGACAAAAAUCCAUACUCGAGGGGUACCCAGUCGGCAAAUCCGGCCACUGAGGAGAUUUUAGUACACACUGACUGGAACCUUCUGCAAAUCUGUGAUGCACGAACUCUGGAGCCGAAACGAUUACUGAACUACAUGGACAUCGAUCCAGAAUUGGCCGGGACCGGCAGUUGUGCUCACCCUCCGCAUGACCGAAAAAGGGGCCUUACUUUUAACUACCUCAUCGAUGGGUCCGGUGUACUAUUUGUCUUUGCUCUGGAUGUUGGAUCCAAUCCGGCAGCUCUCGUAUGGAAGUCUCCUCUUCCAUGCAGGCCUUGCUAUACGCAUGCUCUUGCAAUGACGGACAAAUAUGUUGUUUUCGUCAGAAAUCCAGUACAUCUAGAUCUUAGCGACACAACUAAAGGAUUUGCCGACAUGAUGGUCUGUGAGCAUGAUUCACCGACCGAGUUUUACAUCUUGGACAAAAGUGACGGCAAGCAUGUCGCAACCUAUCAAGUAAACAACUUUUACUUCUUCCACAUUGGGAAUGCAUACGACUACAUCGAUCCAAAGACUGGCGACGUCAAUAUUCACGUCGACAUUGUCAGCUACCGAGAAGAACACUAUCCAUACAUGGAUUACAGUAUCUCAAAUCUCCUCGAUCCUAAAAAGCCACUUCAAAACGGAACCCUUGUCCGCUAUCAGAUGGACUCUGUGAACAAGGCGGAUCCAGCAAAGAUUUGUCGAGGCUCAGUUGCGUCUGCUAUUGCGGGAUUGCCGUGUGAGCUCCCACGUGUUUCGAAGCCUGCCUCGAUGGAUCCUAAUUACCGGUAUACCUAUGGUAUAUCUGGUAUUGGGGCCUCCGCUCCCGGCACCGAAGUCCCAAUUGGUCGUCUCAGUAACGGACUUGGCGCUGUUCAUCCAACAGUUUAUGGCUCUCUGUUUAAAUCUGACUGGAAGACUGGUUUGUUCAAAUUGUGGACACCAUCGAACGGCGAGAGUUGUCCUACCGAACCGAUUUUCAUUCAACGCCCUGGUGCGACGGAGGAGGAUGACGGGAUCGUGAUUACGAUCACAAUCAACCGCGAAGGUACGCACAGUAUCUUAGUCGGACUUGACGGUAAGACGUUUAAAGAGGUUGCAAGAGCGGAUAUGCCGCAGGUUUAUGCACUUGGUCCACACGGUUCAUUUGUUGAAGGAGAUUUUGGUCUCUGA